GAGAGAGAGAGAGUUUUAUUUGUGUUUUCUUUCUUCUUGGAUUUAUCAUCUCCGCCGGUAUAAUUGUACAUUCCUUUUCCAGUUUAUUUGUUUUAUCUGCUAAACAAGAAGGGUCUUUUUGUAUACUUUUCUAGAGUAUAUAAAGCCCUUUUCUUGGGGUGGUUUCUAGUUGGGAAAUUUUCCUACAGGCAAAUGGGUUGUCUUGUCUGUUGGGUUGGUCGGAGAUCAUCUUUUGCUUGUUGUUAGAGAAGAAGCUGUUUCUUUCCAGAAAACAACACCAGAACUGAGUCAUGAAGUUUAUGAAACUCGGGUCUCGGCCCGACACUUUCUACACAGCUGAGUCAGUAAGGACUGUUUAUUGUGAAGUCCCGAGUGAUCUUAUAAUCGAAGUUAAAGGAACCAAAUAUCUGCUUCACAAGUUUCCUCUGUUGUCCAAGUGUUUGCGGUUGCAGAGGUUGUGCUAUGAAAUAUCCCAUGAAACAUCACAGCACCAAGUAAUCGAAUUACUCGAUUUCCCCGGCGGAACCGAGGCGUUCGAGCUUUGUGCCAAGUUCUGUUACGGUAUCACGAUCACGGUCAGCGCGUAUAACAUCGUGGUGGCUUAUUGCGCCGCUGAGUAUUUGCAGAUGACCGAAGAUGUCGAGAAGGGUAACUUGAUUGUCAAGCUUGAAGUGUUCUUCAAUUCAUGCAUUUUACAAGGGUGGAGGGACUCUAUUGUGACAUUACAAAGCACCAAGGCUUUUCCUUUGUGGUGUGAAGACCUUGGAAUCACUAACAGAUGCAUAGAAUCGAUUGAGUCGAAAGUUUCGUCACACCCUUCGAAGGUGAGCUUGUCGCAUAGUCAUUCGAGACGGUUUAGCGACAUGUCAUGUACCGGAACCGAGAGCCAGCGGUAUAAACCGAUGAUCAAAGGUUGGUGGGCAGAGGACAUGGCUGAGUUGGGUAUAGACCUUUAUUGGAGGACCAUGAUUGCUGUUAAAUCAGGUGGGAAAAUACCCUCUAAUCUUAUAGGUGAAGCAUUGCAAAUAUAUGCAUCUCGGUGGCUGCCGAAUAUAUCCCGGAAAGUAAAGGCUAACCGAGGACGAACAUCCGAUUCGGACUCGGCUGAUGAGGUAUCUUCAAAGCACAGGCUGCUGUUGGAAUCAAUAGUGAGUUUACUCCCAUCAGAGAAAGGUGAUGUGUCCUGCAGUUUUCUACUUAAGCUCUUGAAAGCAGCCAACAUUCUUAAUGCUUCAUCGUCUUCGAAGGCGGAAUUGGCUCGAAGAGUAGCACUUCAGGUAGAGGAAGCAAGAGUCGGCGAUCUGUUAAUACCUUCUCUAUCGUACUCGAGUGAUACCGUUUACGACGUAGACAUCGUCCUCACCAUUUUGGAAAACUUCAUGUUACAAGGACAGAGUCCUCCGACUAGUCCCCCGAGAUCGAAGCUGCGGUUAGAAAGGAGAAGAAGGUCCCGUUCGGCCGAGAAUAUCGAUUUCGAGUUUCAGGAAAGUAGGAGAUCCUCUUCAGCAUCACACAGUUCCAAACUAAAAGUAGCCAAAAUCGUGGAUGGAUAUCUUCAAGAGAUCGCUAGAGACAGAAACUUACCACUGUCGAAAUUCGUUGCAAUCGCCAAGACGAUCCCGGAUUUCUCACGGCUCGACCACGAUGAUCUUUACCGAGCUAUUGACAUAUAUCUCAAGGGACACCCGGACCUAAACAAGACCGAACGGAAAAGGCUGUGCGGCAUACUCGAUUGCAAAAAACUCUCUGCCGAGGCCUGCAUGCACGCUGCACAAAAUGAAAAACUGCCUCUAAGAGUAGUAGUACAAGUCCUCUUCUUCGGACAAGCUCGAGCCGCCACGGCGGGGGGCAAAGUGACCAAUCUCCCUAGCAACAUUAAGGCACUUUUAGCUGCCCACAACAUCGAUCCAUCAAAACCUCCAGCGACAUUAAGCUCUACUACCAGCAUUCGAGCCGACGAUCAAUGGAGCGUUUCGGGCCUUAAAUCUCCCAGGUCGAGAACUUCAACACUAAGGAUGAAGCUAGCCGAAGACGACGAUUUUGACGAACACAACAUGGAUCCGGAUGGAAUGGGAAGACAUUCCAAGCUCAAGGCCUUCUGUGCUUUACCUACGGGACCUAAAAGAAUGUUCAGUAAGUUGUUGUCGAUCAAUAGAAGUGGCAGUGAAAAGAACUACUGAGUGAAAUUUGUUUCAAAGGGUAAAGGUUUUCUUUUCCUUCAUUUUCUUGCUGUAAUUUAAGUAAAAGCCUUGUAAUUUUAGCUCAGAAACAAAUAACAUGACGGUAAAUUCUGGGACUUAACCCUAUCUGAAAAUAAUGAUGGGAUCAGUGAAAUGAUUAGGAAUGGGAAGAUAGGUUCAAUGAAA